AAAACAAGUUUUUGAUGGACUUUGACUCUAGAUAGCAGUAAUUCAGUGUCAUUUAUCAGGCACUGUCAGUAAUAACACUAUCGUUUCAUUUCGCUUUCGUGAGCCGUGAAUGAUGGAGCAGCUUCGUUUUGACGGUCGUGUGGCGGUGGUGACCGGUGCCGGGAACGGUUUGGGGAAGGAGUACGCGUUGCUGCUGGCAUCCCGCGGGGCGAAGGUUGUGGUGAAUGACCUGGGAGGCGCCCGCGACGGCGCCGGCAAAUCCGCUAACUUCGCCGACGAUGUAGUCAAGCAAAUCAAGGACAAAGGGGGCGUGGCAGUUGCUGAUUACAACUCCGUGGUUGAGGGAGAGAAGAUCAUAAAGACGGCAAUUGACAACUUUGGGCGCAUUGACAUCAUCAUCAACAACGCUGGUAUUCUCAGAGAUAGGAGUUUCAGCAAAAUAUCUGACCAGGACUGGGACCUCGUGCAUGCCGUCCACAUGAAGGGGGCCUUCAAGACCACGCAGGCAGCAUGGGAACUGUUCAAGAAACAGAAGUUUGGCCGCGUCAUCAUGACGUCCAGCAAUGCUGGGCUUCUUGGCAAUUUCGGCCAGGCUAACUACAGCGCCGCCAAGCUAGGUCUGGUCGGUCUGGCUAACACCCUGGCUAUUGAAGGAGACAAGUACAACAUCAAAGUGAACACAAUCGUGCCAACCGCCGCGUCCCGCCUUACUGAGGACAUCCUGCCUCCCACCAUGUUUGAAGCCAUGAAGCCCAACCUCAUUGCGCCUGUUGUGGCAUACAUGGUGCACGAGUCUUUCAAUGAAACUGGUCUCAUAAUCGACUCCACUCUUGGAUUCGCCACCAAAACACACCUGGUCAGAGCGGAAGGUGCUACCCUCAGAAAGAAGCCAACUGACCCCGUGACGAUAGAGUCCGUAAAAGCCAACUGGGAGAAGGUAGUAGACAUGACCGGGGCUAAGAACAUCUCCAAGAUCUCCGAAGUCACGCUCAACUUGGUUGAGAAGCUACAAGACUUUGAAGACCGCAGCAAGAUGGACGGUGACCGCGAGUCCUACUGGACCACGUACAGCUACAACGCCAAGGACUUGGCCCUCUACGCCUUGGGAGUGGGCGCGUCAGUGGCCAACCCUACCGACCUGAAGUUCCUUUACGAAGGGCACGAGGACUUCGUGGCGCUGCCCACCUUCUUCGUGCUCGCCGGCAUGUGCAUGGAGUCCCCCAUUGUUAACCAGGCCAUGCAGAGCCUUGGGAAGUUCGCUGAUUUCUCCAAUGUACUUCACGGCGAGCAGUACAUCGAGUUCGUCGGUGACUUCCCAAGCACUGAGGGCACGUUCACCACCCGCGCGUACGUGGUCGACGUGCUGGACAAGGGCUCCAGUGCCGUGGCUCUCGUCAACAGUGAAAUAUACCAAGACAAAGGGCUGGUGUACCGCACCCAGCAGCACAUCUUCGUGCUCGGGCAGGGCGGGUUCGGCGGGCCGCGGACCAGCAAGGUCGCGACAGAGGUGGUGGCCGCGCCCAAGCGCGCGCCCGACGCCGUCGUCGAGCAGCGCACUGCGGAGGACCAGGCGGCGUUGUACAGGCUUUCCGGCGACUUCAACCCGCUCCACAUCGACCCGAACAUGGCGGCCUCGAUGGGACACCAGAAGCCCAUCCUGCAUGGCCUCGCAUCUCUUGGCAUAUCGGCGAGACACGUGUUAACGAGGUACGCGGGCAAUAACCCGUCCAACGUGAAGGCCCUGAAGUCGCGCUUCGUGAAGCCCGUGGUGCCCGGCCAGACCCUCGCCACGGAGAUGUGGCUGGACGGCAACCGAGUGCACUUCCAGACUAAAGUCAAGGAGACCGGCAACGUUGUCAUCGCAGGCGCCUACAUGGACUUGAAAAAGGUCGAGUCCUCGUCCGGCCCCGCGCCCGCCGCAGCCCCGCAGUCCUCCGGUGCUGCUCUGAAGAGCGACGCUCUGUUCGCCAAGAUUAUAGAAGAGGUGAAGAAGAAUGCUGCUAAAGCCAAGUCCAUCGGUGGAGUGUUCCUUUACAACAUUAUCGACAACGGGAAGACCGUCAAACAGUGGACUCUGGACCUCAAGACGCCCGUAGUCUUCAAAGGUGCUCCUAAAGGCAAGCCUGACGUCACGAUGACCGUCUCUGACGAUGACUUGAUCGCCAUCGCCGGAGGAUCUCUCAACCCGCAGACCGCUUUCAUGAAGGGCAAACUAAAGAUCAGCGGCAACAUCAUGAUGGCUCAAAAACUAGGACCUCUUUUGAAAUCGGAAGCCAAAUUGUAAGACUGAUGUAUAUAUUUUUGGCCAGUAAGCCAGUACUCGUAUUUAUUCGGCGCAAAUUGGUGCAAUGUAGGGAUUUUGUGCUGUUAUUAAUAUUUUUACCAGAGGUGCCUGCUUUAAUAAUUUAAACUUAUUGUCAGUGCACAAAUCAAAAAUAUAAAGGAUUUUUUCGGAUGUGGUUAAAUUUUAAGAAAAAUAAUGUACGCCAUGUUAAAGCUUAUAAAGCAUUCCAGUCGUUUUAAUGGUUUUGUUUUUAUUAAAUCCUGGGUGUAAGCAGUUAAUCCUGAUGUAUUUGAUUGUUUUUAUACUUUUUUUUUAAUGGGUUAAGCAAUAUAAUACAGAAUAAGUAUAUUUCCCAUUACUGUUAUGGAAUGGUGAUGGAUUUUAUCAGAGUUAAAUAAUAAAAAUGUUUAUAUUA